AUGAAAUUCGUGAUAUCAACCUCGGGUGCCCUUUCCGCCCUACUUUUACUAGCUGGGGAGGCUACUGCUCAUUCGUGGCCAGAGACAAUCCAGCGCAUUGGGAAAAAGGGCGAGUUCUUGGAGCCGAAAGGCUACACACGAAACUUCCGACCUCGGGAAGGCCGCGAAGAUGAAAACUUCUCCAAGAACCUCGGCGGUCCUAAUGACCCAAUCAAGGGACCUUUGUGCAACCCAGCUCUUGGAACGAAGGCCGAUGGCUACAAGAAUGCCAAGUACCCCAAGCUCAAGGCCGCCCCAGGCGAGAUGAUUGCCAUUCGCUACCUGGAGAAUGGCCACGUGACGGGGCCAGAUCUUAAGAAGCCCACUAACCGAGGCACAGUCUACAUCUACGCAACCACCGAGCCCAGAGAUGGCCAGGCCAUCCAGGAUGUCCACAAGAAGUGGACAGCCGACGGUCAGGGCGGAGACAAGAAAGGUCGUCUUUUGGCCAUGCGCAAUUACGACGACGGACGCUGUUUUGAGGGCAAUAACAAUAAAGACGAGAGCAAGAGGAGAUCAGCGUUGCCAGGGUUCACCCAACCCGGUAAGGACUCGAGCGUUCACAACUGGUGCCAGAACGACAUCAAGCUGCCUGCGGAUAUCAAGAAGGGCGACUUGACCAUCUACUGGGUCUGGGACUUUAGUCUCACGGACAAGGAAAACACUGCAAAGACCAGCGACGACCUCAACGGUGCCAAGGUUGUAUCCAAGGAGUUUUACAGCUCUUGCAUGGAGAUUGCACUCGACGAAUCGAUCAAGUCGAACGAGCCCUUCCAAUUUGACGAGAAGCAGAACUUCAAGGACGCUGCCGACCCCAAGCAGCUGACGAUGGGCUUGCCCGAUGGCGCUCCCAAGGGGGGAGCUGCUGCUACACCGAAGCCCAAGGAGGAAGAUAAGAAGGAUGACAAGCCAAAGGAGACCCCUAAGGACAACAAGCCCAAGGAGACUCCCAAGGAGGCUCCCAAGGAGGAAAAGCCCAAGGAGACUCCCAAAGAAGCUGCCCCCAAGACGAACCCGCCUGCUGCCACAACGACCAACCCACCGGCCGCUGUGCCUACGACUUUUGAGAAGCAGGUAAAGACUGUAACUGUCACCCAGGGCGUGACUACAGUCACCGUCACGGCUGGCAAUGGUGCCCAACCCACUACUCCCCCGGCAGCUCCCGCGGCCACAGCUGCUCCUAACAAGGACGCUCCUAAAGAAGCUGCCAAAGAAACCCCCAAGGAAGCUACCAAGGAUGCCCCCAAGGAGAACAACAAGCCUGUCACCACCCGACCACAGGAGGUCGAUCCCAUACCUAUGAUGCUCCUUCGUCGUGGCCAGCGUUGGUUUGGUGCCUUUCACUCCUGA